CCCGAGAGGAAGAGAGCGAUAGAACAAGACAGUGAGAGAGAGAGAGAAACACACACAGAGAGAGCGAGAGAGAAGUAAGUCUGAAUCCUAGACUACAGACAACCAGUGAGGGGACCAGGAGGUGUAACAAAGGAGAGAGUUGUACCCCGUCUACAGAGCUCUGAUUCGCAGGCUGGGUCACCCUCUACGGAUGAGCCUGGAAGUCAGUGGGGAACCAGAUAUCCUGCACCGCCGGCCUAUGUCAGUGCACAAUGGAGGCCCACAGAGACAGACUCCAGAGUGUGUGUCCCUCCCCAAGGUGUUGUCUCACUCCAUCGAGCGGAUCCUGAGGAGAGCACCGUGUCUGGAUGGGGAGGAGAGGGGGGGCGGCGGAGAGGAGGAGAGAGGGAGCAUGGCGGGAGAGACGGGGGCUGUGUGUGUGAAGACCACCGCUGAGCAAGAGCCUAAAGUCAACAGAUGCCCAGUAGAGUCACGGAGCAGCAGUCGGCGGGUACGAACCACAUUCACCUCGGCCCAGCUAGAGGUGCUAGAAAGGUCCUUCCAGGAGAGCCAAUACCCUGACAUAUAUUCCAGAGAACUACUGGCCUCCCAAACACACCUGUCAGAGGCACGAGUACAGAUUUGGUUCCAGAACCGCCGGGCCAAGUGGAGGAAGACUGGAGCUCUGGGAGAGAGCAGAGGAUUGGACAAACUCUUAGACAUCAACCAACAGCCUGAGAGGAUAGUGCCGCUUCCUCCCCUGAUUGGAUCCCUACAAACCAGGCCACACCCACUACGGCACAAGAUCUUCAUCUCCAGGCCUCCCUACCAUCCCAUUGGUGUUUACCAGAACUUCCUGCCCAAGCUCCACCCAGCCCUGGUACCCUACUCUGAGCCCUACCUGCUUCCCCUCCCAGCCCAGUCCUAGUUGACCCCAAUGACACACACCAUACCUGGACACACACUCAGCUGACAGACGAACACACCGGAUGUCUUGUAUGUCCAAUAUGUCUGUCCCUGUACAUAUGUGUUUUCUGUACGUGAAACAAUUCUACUCAUACAGAAAUCUGCUAUUUUCAUUAAUUUCAUACAAAGUAUCAUAAAUAAAGGUCUUCAGUCUGAGCAUGA